GAAAGUAGAUGUCGCCGCCAUUUUGCGUGACACCAAACGCAAAGCUCAUCCCAAGGCAAUGCCCCAUUUGCGUGGUAAAGGGCAAGACGACUAUGUACCUCCGGGUAACAGACCACGUUCGCUGGGUGCAAGCACUGACGGCAGACCCCAUGAAGCCGUUAAUGUCAGAGGCACGUACUAAGACCGGGCGGAAAGUGAAGAAGACAAAGCCGAGGAAUUACUACUCUUGCUGGCUGUGCGACCGGUCGGUGAUUGACCGGCUGCGUCAUCUAGAACAGGAGCACAAAAUGGAGGCUGGGACAUUCAAUUUCGUUUACACAAGAGGGCCGUUUCCGGAAGUUAAGUGUUUAAUUGUGUUUGUGUGUUUUUUGUAUUUAAUUUCUCAUAUUUCUAUCAAUGUCUAA